AUGAUUCCACAACAACCUCCACGUUCUCAACAACGUAAACCACCAACAACAUCCUCUAGAGAGUCAACAUCUACUCCAGGUCGGUUUCUGAUUACCACUCCUGUAGCAUCAUCAUCACGCACUGUAUUCUCUGAGAGUGUUACUACUGAUCAGAGCUCAUCCAAGAAGAGAUCCUUCUCAGAGUUCAGACCAAGUAGAAGUGACCAACCAACCACAAGUCAGGAAAGUCGUGUAGCAGCCAUUACCACCACUUUUUCACAACCUUCUCGUACUCGAACACGUAUUACAUUGACUGAGGAGGAGAAACAAGAGGUUGAGAAAAUUAAAAAGCUCAUUCAGCAGAACAAGCAUGAAGAGUUGACAGAAUACCACAAAAAGUUCUUAACAGGAAAGCUCUCUUGUGCUGUUCUUUUGGAGAGUAAACUUGCGUACUAUAUUAGACUUGUACGAAAUUUGAAAAUUCAGCAAAGAGAGAGCGAAGAAAGAAAGAAACGCAAAGAAGAACAUGAAGAAUUCGAUAUCGUCUAUGAGUUUAAUACUGAAGGAUCUAUCAAAACCCCUCCCUACGCUAUGAAGCAUCAAAUAUCAUGUGCAACAUUUGCAGUGGAGAAGCUGGAAAAUGAAAAAUCAUUCUUGAUUGCACAUCAAAUGGGAUUGGGUAAAACUUUAACAACCUUGAUCAGUCUUUACAACUACAAUCGAAGCAACAGUGUGGUAGAAAAAGGUAUUACCUUGUCCUAUCUUGUGUUAGUUCCCAAAUCAAAUUUAAUGCACUUUAAAGAAGAAUAUGACAAUCAUUUCAAAUAUCAAUUGGAAGGUUUUAUUUCCAACAUUUAUGUGAUCACCAGUGCAGAAGAAGAAGCCUAUAUUGAAGAGUAUGAAAGAACUGGAGGAAUGAUUAUCAUGACUCACAAUAGAUGUGCACGAUUGUUAGGUGACAGGGAAAAACAAGAUUAUGCGUACAUCCUCGAACAGAACACAAAAAUUUUGAUUAUAGACGAGGCGCAUGUUAUUAAGAACCCUGAUUCUGUAAAAUACAAUCUAUUCUCACAAAUUAAUACCAAAAGAAGAGUACUGAUGACAGGAACACCUUUUCAGAACAACAUGAAUGAAAUCUUCACUUUAAUAAGAUUUAUUGAACCCAACAAUAAGGAUAUUGAAUGGAUCAAACCGUACUUUCAAGAACAAUUUGUAGAAUAUGUCAAAAACAAACCCUAUGAAAAAUCUUCACAACUGAGAAUUCAACUUUUCAACCACUACUUUAGACAUCUCAUUCACAGAGAAGUGGAGGCUCAAGAGCUCAGUGAAAUAGAAUCCAAAAAAUCAGAUUUCAUUAUCGAGUACAAGCUCUCUAAAACUGAGAAGGAGAUUUACGAUGGAAUUGAGAGUCUUAAAGAUCAAUUUUCCAAUUCCUUCUUUGCCUUUUACUUUUAUUUGAGAUUAUGUCUUGACUGUGCUUCAUAUAUUUGUGAUAAGGAGGCAUCAACACUCACAACAGCAAGACUUGAAGCAAGAUUGGCUGAUGACGAAGAAGAAGACGAUAAUGAAUAUAUGUCUCUCUUUAAUGAAGUCAAGAAAUUGGUGGUUAACAAAAAAGAUGAGCUGAAACCAACACGUUUGAAAGUGUUGGGAGCCUUGGUUGAACAGAUAAUUAGAAAAGACGAGUCUGUUAUCAUAUUUACUGGACUAAUUUGCUAUGAAAAUGACAUUAUGGCUUUCCUUCGCACCAAUACUAAAGCUAAAGUUGUAAGUUUUUCAGGAAAGCUUGACAUUGAACAAAGAAAACAAGUAUUGAAAAGUUUUAAGAGGGGCGAGAUUAAUACAUUGCUCGUGUCAAAGAAUUCAGGAGGUGUUGGAAUUGAUUUAACACAUGCCAAUAAUGUCAUUCUCUACCAAUUAGAUUUCAAUUAUUAUAAGGAUGACCAAUGUCUCGGCAGAUUGCUCAGAAAAGGUCAAACAAAAACUGUUCGAGUAUUUAGAAUUGUUUGCGAGAAUUCUAUCGAUCAAAAACUUUUAAAGUUACAAAUCAACAAGCAAAUUAUUUUCAAUAACUUGUUGGACAAUAAGUACACUGCUCCUUCAGAGUUGGGUGAUCGUACCAUUGACCCCUCUAUUUGUAGACAAUUAUUCAGGAAUAAUCACCUUCCAAUUAGUAUCGCUAAUUAUGUGACAAGAUUUCAACAUUUCAUUCCCCUCAAAUCUACUGAAAAGCCAUCUCCAGAAGAAUUCCAAACACAUCUAAAAGAAUUUGAAGACAAGUAUAAACCCAGACAGUUAAGGAAUCCUCGUCACCAAUAA